AUGGUGCUGGCCACCACGCCUCCGUUCUCGAAAAGCGGCCCCCAGGUAAUUGCUGGCGAGUACCUGGAUGGUCCUCUUCUGAAGUGGGACCAGAUAUUCCUGUUCGACCAGCUGUUUGCCGCGGGCUCCAUGCCCGAAAUGUCUAUUCCGACCUGGGAGCUGACCGAGCUCCUUUGCAGCAUGGUCAUUGUCGUGGGGCCCAGCUCCCCCCCCCUCAAGCACAUCUCCUCCGUGUCGUCCUCUCUCACAAGUUUGCGUGGUUCAGCUUGCACUGGGGUAGGGAUACCACACCCUAAUAAGUUCCCUUCUUGA